AUGUCUAUCGAAGAAAUCCCCCAAGGUGCUGACGUCAACGUCCUCCCAAAGAACGAAAAGAAGGCCAGAGAAUUGAUCAAGAAGCUCGGCCUCAAGCAAAUCAAGGGUAUCACCAGAGUCACCUUCAAGCAAAGAGGUAACUUGAUCUACGCCAUCGACUCCCCAGAUGUCUACAGAUCCAACGCUGGUACCUACGUUGUUUUCGGUGAAGCCAAGGUCGAUGACAUGAACAAGAGAAUCGCUGAAGCCCAAGCUGCUCAAGCCAGCCAAGAAGCUCUUGCCAAGUCUGCUGCCAACGCUGCUGCUCAAGACGAUGACAAGUCUCCAGAAGCUAUCACUGCUGACUUGCAAAAGGCUUCCUUGCUCGACAAGUCCGAAGAAGCUGAAGAAGAAGACGAUGGUGAAGUCGAUGAGUCUGGAUUGGACCCAAAGGACAUUGACAUCAUUGUUGAACAAACCCAAGUCCCAAGAGCUAAGGCUGUCAAGGCUUUGAGAGCUCACAAGGGUGACAUGGUCAACGCCAUCAUGGACUUGUCUUAA